UUUACAGCAAACAAGAAGAAAAACAGAAUACCUCUUUUGAAGGAGAAGAAGAAAGUAACAAAACUCUAAAACAAGAGGUUCUCACAGAGAACCUAAACAUAGAUAUGAACCAAACAAAAGAAACUCCUUUACCCAACUCUGAGGAAACUUUAACCAACUCAGAAAAGGUUAGGGAAGAGGAGACAAUAAACCCCACAAUGAUAGAAGAAGACUCAGAAGUUCCCAACAAUGAAACUCUCAGUGAUGUGGACAAAGAAAACAGCCCCAUUGUCAAUGCUUCUAAAACUACAGUUGUAGAAACAGAAGAACCUCAAGCCCUGAACUCCCCUCUGAAAAAAAGACAAGAAAACUUCUACGAAACAAAAGGUGGAGCCAAUCAGAAAGGUGCUAUACAGAAAUCCUCGUAA